CGUGGUUUAAAGUUCCCACCUCAUCCUUCAAAUCAUUUCACCAAUACUCCUACUGCCUAUUGCCCCAUUGCUUUGCUUCUUCCUCCGCCUUUUUAACACCUCAUAUUAACUGCAAUUUAAUAACCCCUUUCCUCUCUCCUUCACACUUCUCGUGUUCUCACUUAUGCCACCAUCAAUGGCUUCCCCUCCCCUAUGACACCUCUCUCUCUCUCUCUCUCUUCAGUUCCAGCCUAUUUGCAAGCGAAGCAUCAACGGGUGACUUUUGAUACGAAAUCUUCUACCGUGCUUCUAAACUGGAUGUUGGUCAACUGAAAAAUGGGGUGUUGUGUUUCCACAAGUAGCAAGAGUUCUUGUAGCAGCAUGAGUGAUGGAGACGUCGUUUCUCCACCGUCUUGCUUUGAAAUCACUAUUUUUGGCGGACAAAGAAGAACAAAAAGAACGUUUGUGAACCACGUAAGCGCCUUGCAGCAUAUGUCCUCUAUACCAAACCGUAUUUUUACAAACGGGAAAAGCCGAAGCUCUUGCAUAUUUACUCAACAAGGUCGUAAGGGUGUAAAUCAGGACGCGAUGAUCGUGUGGGAAGAUUUCAUGGCAGAAGAUUUGACAUUUUGCGGAAUCUUUGAUGGCCAUGGACCUUAUGGUCAUCUGGUUGCGCGUAAAGUUCGUGAUACGUUACCGUUGAAAUUAUUUUCAUUUUUUGAUUCUUUCGAGUCAAAGAAAAACAAAUCUGCUAGCACUAUUUGUUGCAGUCAAGACACUGUAUCCGAAGGAGCCGACUGUGAAACUGGAAUAGAAGAUAAAACAGGCUUGUCAUGGAAAGAUGCAUUUUUGAAAUCGUAUAAAUCGAUGGAUAAAGAAUUGCGGUAUCAUCCCAGUUUAGAUUGUUUUUGUAGCGGUAGCACCGCUGUCACCAUUGUAAAACAGGGAUCGAAUCUUUUUAUGGGAAGCAUAGGAGAUUCACGCGCUAUCAUGGCAUCUUCCGACAGCAACAAUUCACUUGUAGCGGUUCAAUUGACCGUUGAUCUGAAGCCUGACUUACCAAGAGAGGCUGAAAGGAUUAAACGUUGCAAAGGUCGAGUUUUCGCGUUGCAAGAUGAACCCGAGGUAUCAAGAGUUUGGUUACCAUUCGAUGAUGCACCAGGGUUAGCAAUGGCACGUGCUUUCGGAGAUUUUUGUUUGAAGGAGUAUGGAGUUAUAUCGGUUCCGGAAUUUUCGCACAGGGUUCUCACCGAUAGAGAUAAGUUCAUUGUCCUCGCUUCAGACGGGAUUUGGGAUGUUUUAAGCAAUGAAGAGGUGAUCGAGAUAGUGUCAUCAUCUUCAACUCGGUCAUCUGCGGCAAGAAACCUAGUUGACUCAGCUGCUCGUGAAUGGAAAACGAAAUACCCGACGUCUAAAAUGGAUGAUUGUGCGGUAAUUUGCUUAUUUCUGGAUGGUCGGAUGGACUCCGAAUCUGAUUGUGAAGACCAAGGGUUCUCGUCUGCAACACUAGCAGGUGAAUCGGAUGAUGGCCAGAACUGUGAGCCAUCGUUGCAGAGAAACUGUACGGUCAGAUCACCCGAAGAGAACCCUGAUGGUUUAACAAUAGUUGGGGAUGAGGAAACGGCUGCUGGGUGGUCAGGGUUGGAAGGUGUCACCCGAGUUAACUCGCUUGUCCAACUUCCGAGAUUUUCGGAAGAGAAACCCCGACCGUGAUUGUUUGUAUCUCUACUUUAGUUAACGAAAUGUUGGAAUGCAUCCUUUGUAUGAUUCUGUCUUGUGUCUGUAUCGAACAUGAGAAGCGUAGAAGGGAAAAUCUGUUAAUGUUAAUCUAUCAA